AUGAGUUUUUACAAUAUGAACCCGCAAGUUUGUACGAAUUGCCGCAAUGAAAAGCCUGUAAAUGCGACUGAUAACCGGCUGGUAACAGAAAGUUGUGGUCAUGUGAAAUGUAUGAACUGUUUACUGCAUGAGAAGACUGGGUGCCAAGCUUGCCUUAGUGAGAAAUCGAGUCUUAGGGUUGAUGAAGCUUUGAACGAGAGUUUAGACGAGGAAUUUGCGGAGGAUAGUCCGCCACCAGAGACUGACAACUGCUAUGAUUUACUGGAUAAGGAGAUACAGGGUGAGAUCUAUGAUGAGUUCUGCAAGAAAAAGAAACUGGAAACAUCACACAUUAAAGUGGAAAAUGAUGCGAAUGGCAAAACAUUUGUAUGUACGGUGUGCAAGAAGAAGUUUCAUGCUCCUAGUCAAGUAGCUUACCAUGCUUACUGCAAUGGGCAGCGGAAACCGUACCAAUGUCCAGAAUGCAACAAGACGUUUGCAACCAUGUCGCAUUACAAGUACCACAUGCGCGUACACCGCAAUGAGCGCACGUACUCUUGUGAUGUUUGUGGCGAGGGAUUCUUCCAGAUGUCCAAGUUGCAGAGACAUAAAUUGAAGCAUACUAAGGAAAAGAAGUUUGCGUGCAACGAAUGCAACAAGGCGUUCAACAACCUCUCGUCUUUACGUAAACAUGGCCUCACGCACACGGACGAGCGCCCGUUCUCCUGCCCUACCUGCGGGACUCGGUUCCGAGAUAGUUCUAAUCUAAGGAAACAUAAUAUACGGAAACACGAAAGGAAGUGCGCUUGCGGCGGGUGGGGCGGGUGCGUGCGCGCGGGGUGCGGGGGCGGGGGCGCGGGCGCGGCGGGCCGCACCGCCUCGCGCCGCACCUACCAGUGUCCGCGCUGUCCGCGGGCCUUCCACUCCGGGAAGGACAUGCGACGACACGCCGCCGUCCAUACAGAUUCCAAACCCUUCCGCUGUAAAGUGUGUAGCCGCCGCUUCAGAAGGAAAGACAACCUCGAGCGCCACAUCCGCAACACACACCCGGAGUACGUGCCUGCAACCGCGGUGGAUUGCGACGAGACCAUCCUCAAGCAGAUCCAAGCCAACGGACACACCACUAAACUUGAUGACUACCAAAAGGACGAGAAGUUCAAACUAGAGAUUAUGAACCCACUGCCACCUCUACCAGAGGAACUGAUGCAAAAACAUAUGCAUGAGACCGACAAGAAGCAAGAAAAUGCUGAUGAAGAUAAUAAAAUAGAUAAGUCGUACAUUUUGGUCGCUAACAAUGCGCGGCAGAGUGUGAUCGUUGGCAAUAAAACUGCUAGUGUAGAAAAAACCGUUGCAAAUUCCCCUGAGCAUUGCGAGUAUGUACAUAAAAUCAGAAAAGCUUCCAUUAUACCUCUACCUCCGAUAGAUGUGCGGAAGAUGAUAGAAUUAGAGGAACAAACUAAUUUAAAUAACUUGGAUCUGGGUGCUCCACCUAAGGAUAAGAAGACGUUGUACGAGAAGAUUCUGUAUGGAGAUAGAGAUAAGAAAGAUAGUGAGGAGCCGAGCGUUGAUUCUGGGCCUGAAGUGCAUUGGAGAAGAAAGUUGAAGCAAUCCGUUUCUAUAGGUAAGACCAUCAAUGCCUCAUUAACUCGUAGCUGA